UGCGCCACUUCCGCGCUUCAUGCUUUUCCUCCUCCUUCCCAAAAAGCCCUAGAGUCUAAACAGUAAACACCACCUCACCGUCCGUUGCAUCUGUUGCCUCCCUCUUCCAUGCCGGCACACUGAGGUUCGCGAGUUCCUCCACACCACUCGCUUCCAAUCGAGGUCCUCCGUUUGUUCCUCCUCUUGAUGUGGUCCUCCUCCCAUAGCACCCUCCUUCGCCUGUUCCUUCUCUUGAGGUCAUGCUUCUGAUCUCUUUCUGGCCAUCUACGACGGAGAUUCAGAUAAUGAAGAUCCGGAUCGCUCGAUUUGAGAAUCUUAGAGCCUUCGACGGCUGCGAUGGCCCUCCUCCACUUGUUCCUCCUCCUCGUAGUGGCACUUUUGGCCUCCUUCUGGCCAUUGACGGUGGAGAUCCGGGUGAUGGAGGUUCGGAUUGCUCGAUCUGGGAACCUUGGAGCCUUCGACGGCGACGAUGGCUAUCCUCCGCCCGUUCCUCGUCGUGGUGGCACUCCAGGCCUCCUUCCGACCGUCAGCAGUGGAGAUCCGGAUGAUUGAGUUCAACCGUUUCGAUGAGUUUGGCUUUACCCACAAUGGCAUUCUGGAGCUCAACAUCUCUGGGAUCUCGCUCUCUGACUACUUCAGGAACCUCAAGCUUAGCGAAGGCGGUCGAUCGAGCGGAGCUAGAGGUGGUGGAGAGCAUGGUGAGGGCGGAGGGCGGAGGCAGAGCCGCAGAGAUUGGAGAUGGGGAGGUCAUCAGGUAUUGGAACAAGUUCCGAUGUGGAUGGAAACCUACAACCAUUGUCAACAAUGAAGUGGACCUAAUCUUCGUGAAUCUUCAUGCCACUUAUCAGCGCCCAGAAACCGACUGCUAGCACAAAAUUCUUUCUGCAAUUAUCAAUUUUAGAAUAUAGUUUGGAGCCCACGGGAGGCUUGGAAAGCGUAAUUGAUUGGAUCCGACAUUUUUUUGAAAAAAAUUUUAUUAAAAUAAA